AGAAAGAAUGAGAGAGUUGUACAUUACAUUCAUCACAUCAGUCUACCAAACAUGUGAAAGAACAAAGAAGAGGGUGUUACUGAAAAUUGAAUGAAAUUGAGAAACAUGUCAAUUUGUCAGAGCUGGUGGCUAUGUCGUCCUCUCACCAAAUCACUUUUCUCCCCCCAAACUCAAAGGUUUUGGUGCCAUUCAUUACCACUUUCUACCAAAGUUAAAAUAUUGAAGCACAAAGUGGAACCUCUUGGUAUCAGCUUAGAUAACUCCUGUUUGCCUGGGAACUACCAUAACCUCUUUUGUCCAAAGUGUAAAGGUGGACAGUUAAUGGAGAGAAGUUUGUCUUUUCACAUUAUCACUGAUGGUGAAUUUGCAAUCUGGAGGUGUUUCAGACCUAUAUGUGGUUGGGCUGGUCAGGUUUCUGCAGAUGACAAGGAACUGGACAAUAAACCUGAUGAGGAGAGCUUAGGGUUGGAACCACUUGGUCCUAAGCUUGUUGCUUAUUUUAAGGAAAGAUUGAUAUCAGAGAAAACCUUAAGCAGAAAUUCUGUAAGGCAACUCUCGGACGAAAAGAAUGUUAUUGCUUUUACCUAUAAACAAAAUGGGUUGAUUGUUGGUUGCAAGUACAGAACAAUGGAGAAAAGAUUUUGGCAGGGAAAAGUUAUAGACAAGGUACUUUAUGGACUUGACGACAUUAGUCAUGCAACUGAAAUCAUCAUUGUUGAGGGGGAAAUUGAUAAGCUUUCACUUGAAGAGGCUGGAUAUCAAAAUUGUGUUAGUGUUCCAGAUGGUGCACCUGGAAAGGUAUCUUCAAAAGAUCCGCCACCAAUAGAAAAGGACACUGCAUAUCAAUACCUGUGGAACAGCAAAGAUUACUUGGAUAAGGUGGUUCGCAUUAUCCUGGCUACUGAUAAUGAUCCACCAGGUCAAGCUUUAGCUGAAGAGCUAGCACGGCGCCUUGGGCGAGAAAGGUGUUGGCAAGUACGCUGGCCAAAGAAAGAUGAACUCAGCUUCUUCAAAGAUGCAAAUGAGUGUCAAGUUCUUCAUACAUAUAAUCAUUCAAUUGUGGCUAAUGGGCCUAGGUUCUCAAAUACAUGGGAGCUAAUGCUUUGAAGAGAAUAGUUGAAAAAGCAGAGCCAUAUACUUGUGCACACUAGGUAAUUCCAUGAUUUUUAUCUAAGAAUAUGAAGAUGGAUGUAGGUAUGAACAAUUGUAACUCUUGGAUAUUAUUGACUCAAAUCUUUUAUAAUAUUUAGUCAAAUGUAAGGUUUUUAAUAGCAGUCGUGGUAACUGUCCCAUUGUGAUCCUUAAUUUUGUAGAGAAUCGCAGUGAAAUGUGGUUGUUGCAACUUUAA